UUCCGGGGCCUGUUGACAUUCAGGGAUGUGGUUAUAGAGUUCUCUCUGGAGGAGUGGGCAUGCCUGGAUCCUGCCCAACGGAAUUUGUAUAGAGAUGUGAUGUUAGAGAACUACAGAAACCUGGUCUCCCUGGGUCUUGCUGCAUGUAAGCCAGACCUUAUUAUUUGUCUUGAGCAGAGGCAAGAGCCCUGGAAUGUGAAGAGACACGAGACAGUGGGCAAUGAACCUGAUAUAUUUUCUCAUUACACCCAACCUCUGUGGAAAAAGCAGUGCAUAGAAGCUCCAUUCCAAAAAGUGAUAUUGGGAAUAUUUGGGAGCUGUGGCCUUGAAAAUAUACACUUAAAGAAAAACUGGCCAAGUCAGGAUGAGCAUCAGAGAAUUCAUUCUGGAGAAAAACCCUACAAAUGUAAAGCAUGCAGUAAAUCUUUUACUCAUUAUUCAAGUUUUAUUCAUCAUCAGACAGUUCAUACUGGAGAUAAACCCUACAAAUGUAAAGAAUUUGGCAAAGCCCUUAGGUAUAAUUCACGUCUUCCAGAGCACCAGAGAAUUCAUACUGGAGAAUAA